GGAAGACUCGCUCCGGGGACGUUCUCGAGCAUGCAUGCACUUGUCCUGUGGGUUCCUGGCUGUGGAGUUUGGAAUCUGAGAUCAGGGCUCAUUUAUUUUUUGGCAAAGGAAUUGUAGCUCAACUCAUACUUUCCACUUGAAGACAUUGUUUCUCUUCCCUCUAUGCUGGGAGACCAGAAGUCAACAAGAGAAGGGUGUGGCAGCUGGAUCACCCGUUCUGCUUGUCUGAAGUAUCUGCUGGGGUUCUGUCGUCCUGCAGAAAACAAUGGAGACCCAGUGGGGACUCCCCUGUCUCAUGUUCCUGUGUUUUUUGAUGCACGUCCGAGGUCAAGGAGACUUUGACUUAGCCGACGCCCUCGACGACCCAGAACCCACCAAGAAGCCAAACUCAGAUAUCUACCCAAAGCCGAAGCCACCUUAUCACCCACAGCCUGGAAAUCCAGACAACAGUGGAAAUAUCUACCCAAGGCCAAAACCCCACCCUCACCCGCAGCCUGGAAAUCCUGGCAAUAGUGGAGGUUACUAUAACGAUGUGGACCGUGAUGAUGGACGCUACCCGCCCAGGCCCAAGCCCAGGCCACCUGCAGGAGGAGGCGGCGGCUACCCUAAUUACGAUGGCUACGGAAACAGUCAUGGUAGAGGGGGCUAUAGACCCGACUCUCGCUAUGGAAAUACUUAUGGUGGAGGUGGCCAUUUAACCUAUGACAACUCUCACGGAAACAAGGUAGCCGGAAUCGUGUCUCCCAUCGUGUCUGUGGUGGUAGCUUUGCUGGUGGGGGCAGCGGCCAGCUAUUACAGAUCAAACAGGAGGAGAAAUUGUUUCAGGACCAAUGGCAAGUGUCCCUUUAAGCAUCGUUUUGCUAAAGAAUAAAUAAAUAAAUAAGUACUUUCUGGUGUCUUUCCCUAGCAAUGUUAUUUCUGGUUAAGUCCGAUAUAGAUAUCUUGGAAAAUUAAGUGAUUUUAAAUUGAGGUGUAACAUGGACACAGGAGACUGAGAGAAACCAUCAGAUGAGUUUUUAAUGGAGAAUGCUUACCCUUGUAUGUAUAUUUUUAACCGUUUUUCUGAUCUGCAAGAUUUGGUUGGACUGCCAAGGAUCUUAAAUUGCUAACAGAGACUGGAAAAUUAUAAGCGUGACGGUUGCAUUUGGCUAGCCUAAUAUGGCUUUGUUUUGUCUUGUGCUUAGUGGAAUUUUAGUCAAAGCUGAGUCAGGAAAAAUAUCUGGGUUGAACCUGAAAUUUUUGUGCACCACCCCCUGCCAAAAAAACCCCAAACCAACUGCAGAGCACUAAAUAAACCUUUC